GCAAGAUGGCGCGGCCCACUGAUUGAACUUCGCGCGUGGUGCUGUGUCCACGACGCGGUAAUCAAACCGACCAUGGGUGAAUCUGAGCGAUCAGACGCAGAUUCACUGCGCAGCCGACUGAUGGCCGAGGACGCUUACAUGCUUCGCUUAAUCGACACGGUGCCUCCGAAGUACUACUUCGAUGCUGACACUGUGGAGGCAUUGACGGAAGAAGUCAACUCGAAAGUGGCGAGUCGGGUUCAAGGCUCGGGUGUCAAGAAGGCACACAAAAUGGCGCGGCUGGACCCAGGUCUUUUCCAGACUGUCAGCCAGCUACUGCAGGCCAGUGAACCGAAAACCAAGAAGCAACGGAAGGCCAAGGCUAGCCUGCACUCGGCUGCGCUGGAUCGUGCCAGUUCUCUGGAUGAGCUCCGACAGCGGCUCAGUCACAAGAUUGAGGCUCUCCGAGGUAAGAGGCCUGUGGGAGGUGAGCGCAAGGCCAACAAAAAGGCCGCCAAGCCAGCUGCCAAGCCGACCCAGAACAAGCGACACAAGCCAAGCCAAGACAGCCUACCUGCUGCUAGCAACAAGAAAGCGGGAAAGGCACCCCCGGCUGCUCCCGUCUUCAACCGCGACAGCCACAUCGUGUACAGUAAGUUUGAGCUGGCGGACUCGUUAGCUGGGACAGAUGCACGUCCCAAAGUUGAAAAGAAGAAGCUAGUCCGUCAGCUGGAGGUGAAGGCGGAAAAGAUGAAGAACCUUGAGGAGCGUGACCCAGAACGGGCAAAGGAAGCUCAGGAGAAGCAAAAGUGGCACCGGGCUCUGGACAGGGCAGAAGGAAUCAAGGUGAGGGACGACCCUGUGCUGCUGAAAGCAUCGCUGAAGCGGCAUGAGAAGCGGCGGCAGCAGAGUCGAAAGAAGUGGGAAUCGCGCACCGAGCACGUCAAGCAACGUCAGGAGGAGCGCCAGCAAAAACGUCGGGACAACAUCAAGGCACGCAAGCAGGCCAAGCUUCAGACGAAGAUGAAGCGGCUGAAAAAGAAGGGCCACAUCGUGCCAGGAUUCUGAGAAGAUAUCGACGUUUUGGGGGUGCACCAUAUUUUUCUAAAAACGACUGUCUUUACAAAACCACUA